UCGUGGAUUCUGAAAGUUAAAUCAAUUGGCAUUCUAUCUUUUAUUUAUUUUUGAGGACGACGCGGUUUAAGACAUUUAGAUGCGAAUGUGAGCAUGUGAUGAGUGAGUGGGAGGCGGAAAGGUGCUUAAAUAAGCGUCACCCACAGAUCACUCUGUAACUUGAGAGGUGGGCUAUAAAUACCCCUAACCUUUCCUGUGUUUGCCUAGUUCGAUGCGUUUGCUCAGUGUUUGGGCACAGGCUGAUUGAGGACAAUACUUCUUUAGGCGCAAGACCGACCCCGCUGCGUCGCCGUCAGCUCGCGUGAUUCACUGUCGCUGAGAAAUGCAAGCCUCGGACGUCUUUGUGGAUUUAAAGGGUCCCGCCGCUCAGCUCGGCUCAGCGAUACAAUGCGACUAAUGUGCUUGUCGUCUCCUUGUGACUCUCUGUUUUCGAGACUCGAACGGGUCUUAGAGAUUUCUGCAGCUCCAGGAGCAGCCCCUCUUUCCAGCCCAUUCGCAGUCAGAUCCCCAUACCGACGGCACAUGUCAUGCCAUCCACGGCUGGAGCCCUGGCCUCCAAGUCCCAGGCAAGCGUUCAGGAAGAGUCCAGAUCUUCGUCCACCUCCAGAACAUCAAGUGGCUCCGCCUCCAAAUCGUCCUGUCUCUCUAAAUCCGCAUCAUCACCCAACCUGGACGCUCAGCCCGCUACGGGGAGCGAGCCCGCCGGGCCAAAGCCGGACUGCUUGAGCCGCUACCGAAGCUUGGUCAACGGGCUGGACCACUCGCUUUUCCCCACGGAUCACACACGGAUGGACGACGGCCAGAGGUUUGACACUCCUGCCGUGGAACCCACCCUGAACCAGUCCGCCUUGUUGGGGGGUCUAUGCCCUGAUGUCAGACUCCGAUUACAGACUACAGGGAUUAGAGAGAACUUAGACAUUGCGUCUGAGCUUUAUAGAGGAGCCACGGAUCACAACUAUAAAUCACUCCCGGUGAGCAGGCCUGCAGUUUCCCUCCCCGGAGUUACCGUCCCCAACGACCUGUCCAAUCCCAAAUCCGGCCAUGCUGCUGCUGUUUAUGCCAGCCCGCUUCACUUUUUGAGGGACCACACGGGCGCCAAAGCGUACGAUCCAAUACACCAGGACCGCUGUGGUAAAAUAUUAGGCUGGCAGCAGCAGCAGCAGCAACAACAACAGAUGGACAGCAUACGCAUGCAGAUGGAACAAAUGCAGUUGAACGCCGGGGUGAGCCAGUACACGUCUUUGUACCCCCCAGCCAUGCACUCGGAGUCUGGCAAGUGGGACGCGCUGGUGAAAGCCAGUGAAGGUCUGCUAAAGGAGAAGGAGCUUAUAAUAGAGCGACAAAGGCAGCACGUUUCUCAGUUGGAGCAGCGUCUGAGGGAAAGUGAGCUGCAGGUCCACGGGGCCUUCUUGGGCCGCGGCGCUCCCUUCGGGGAUAUGUGUUUACUGCGCCUUCAGGAAGCUCAGAGGGAGAACACGUUCCUGAGGGCACAAUUUGCCGAGCGCACCGACUGCGCCGCCAUGGAGAAGGCGGAAGCCGAGCGCAGGCUGGGCGCGGUGGAAGCCGAGACGCGCCGCCUGACUGACAGCCUGAAGGAGACGUGCGAGAAGCACGCGGAGGAGAUGAAGAAACAGGAAGACAGGAUUAAAUCUCGAGACAAGCAUAUCAACAACCUGAAGAAGAAAUGUCAGAGAGAGUCGGAGCAGAAACGAGAGAAUCAACAGCGCAUUGAGACUCUGGAACGCUAUCUGGCCGACCUUCCAACUUUAGAGGACUACCAGAGCCAGAACAAAGAGCUUCAGGAGGCCGAGCAGCAGGCAGCUCGGCUACAAGAGAAAGUCAAAGAGCUGGAGGCCUCUUUAGAGGCAACGCGCACACAACUUCAUGAAAAGAACACACAGUCGGAGGAGCAGAAACGAAAGGAGAGAGAUCUGCUGACCACCAUUACGGAUAUGCAGCAGCGGGUGCAGCAGGGCCUUGAAGAUGGAGCCCGACUGCCCUCUCUGGACAUCGAGAAGCUCAGAGGAGAGAAUAAUACUUUACGGGAGGAGCAUCAAAAACUCAAGAAGGUUAUUGAGAAACAACAUAGGAUGAUGGAGCAACUCGGUUCCCAGAUUAAGGCUUUGGAAGUGCAGAUAUCCCAGGAAGAGAACUCUUCUCAAGCUCUACGAGACGAUGUGUUGGCCAAAGAGGAAAGCAUGUCGGAGCUCCACGUAGCCAUGAAAAAGCUCGCUUCCCAAAACCAGGAACUGAUGGAGCGGAAUCUAACUCUGCAAGAGCAGAUGAGCGAGUUAGAGAAGAGCGCCAACGAGGCCUCCUCGACUCUGGAGCCGUCCGGUGCUCACCUGACUCAGAAGCUUCACAAGGAGCUCUCCUCCUGCCUCAGCGACCUGCGCUCCGUGUGCAGCAUUUUGACCCAGAGGGCUCAGGGACAAAACCCCAACCUCUCCCUGCUGCUGGGUAUCACAUCACCCAUACCGAUGGCAGAGCACGACGAGGACUGGAUCAGUCCAGAGGUGCUACACAAGAAGCUGGUGGAAGCGCAGCAGCUCCGCCGUGACGUGGAGGAGUUGCGUAAUCUAAUACUGGACCGCUACGCACAGGACAUGGGCGAAAACUGCAUCACGCAAUAGCUUUGCCCCGUUUCACCUCAGGAGCAUCGAUAUCGGGCUUGACUUUCGAGCCUAGUUACUGAAUGUCAGGAUGUGGAGCGGGUUUUAUAUUUCAUGGACAGCGGAAAGCCAAAACGAUUUGGCUUCUUUUGACUGACUACGUCACAAUUAGAGCCUGCCUGUCGCACAGUCUUCCCAUCCUACUGUUGAGUUCAACUAUUUCAGUCCAAGGGCUAACAGAAAAUAAUUUACCUCUAAUACUUGAUCGUGGAAUAUUGUUUUAUUUUUUUAAUGUGAUAUAGAUAUACUAUCACUUACCAAACAGUCUUAAACCUUUUUUCACUCAAGCGGGAUAGAGUUGUGUGUGUGUGUGUGUUGAAGUCCCAGAAAUAUAAUUUAUUGAACUCUCAAUUUCCCCUCUUUGGAGGGGGGGAAAAGAUCCAAGAAGCGGUUGACAAUCAACUGGAAAUAUUGUUCUUUCAUGGAGAUGUUGCCACCAUGCCAUUAUUUGAAAUGGUUACAAGUGAAACAUCUGCUGUGUUGCGAGGUAGAAGACUUUGUACCAAACCAGCGAUCUACACCAUCGGGCCUUCUCCGUCUGUUCAACGUACCAAAGAAAGCUGGUUGUGCAAAGUUGGAAUGUUUUCAGCCCCCCUCUUGCCCAAUCCAUGUCCAACCUCUGCUGUAGACCUGGUUCUCACUGAACACCAACAGGUGCCUUUCUUACGCAUUUGCGGUUAUGCUUGUCAUUCUUUUUAGACCAAUCCGAGGCUGCUCACAGCUCACUCUUCCAGUAUGACAUUUCUCCCCGAGCAUCAGCCACUAGGAUGAUAGUCCAUACAUUCCCUGACUCUGAAUGUAGGAGAUGAUGUAGGAUGUUAGCUCGCUCUGCUAGGCGUGUGCUAGCUCUAUAUUAGUCCUUGUAUAGCUGUUGCCAUGUACAUUUAAAGGUUGAUUAUGGCUGACUCAUUAGAUAGAUUUGAGUGAGAAACAGUAUUGACCUUCAGUAUUAAUUUAUUGGACGGUGUGAACAUGUGGGCCUCCUUAUAUGUUGCUGUAAUGAUUCGCUUGACAUUAAUAAUGUGCAAAGGUUCCAUGAAGUGUGUGUUGUGUUUCCACAUUAUGACCUGACAUGUGACCAGUUCGAUUGGAUGUUAGUUCAGGAUUGUUUUAAUUCUGUGUGAUGAGAAAUAGGGCUGACUGAAUCUUCCCCAAAGUGAAUAUUUUUACACAUUUUUCCCUGACAUGGAGCAAGCCAUUUCAAGAAGACUUUAAAGGGAAUGUAAAGGAGCUUUUCAUACAAUAUUUGCAAUGCAAUAAUUACCCAGGACACAAGCCAUUUCAUGGGACCUAGUAACCCUAAAUUGCACAAAAAUUGAAAGUCAGGCUUUGCAUGCCUUAACAUCUCGAAAGUUUUUUCAAAAGGGAAAUUGUUUAUAUGGUCAUACAGUUUGUCCUUUGUAUUGCCCUAUUUUAGAAAUAAAGAAGUUCAAUUUUGGCCUUUU